AUGAGGAUGUGUGACAGAGGCGUCCAGAUGCUCAUCACCACGGUGGGAGCCUUCGCAGCCUUCAGCCUGAUGACCAUCGCCGUGGGCACCGACUACUGGCUCUACUCGCGCGGCGUGUGCAGGACUAAGUCCCUGAGCGACAACGACACGAGCCGCAAGAACGAGGAGGUGAUGACCCACUCGGGACUCUGGAGGACGUGCUGCCUGGAAGGAACCUUCCGAGGAGUGUGCAAGAAAAUCGACCACUUCCCCGAGGAUGCUGACUACGAGCAGGACACAGCUGAGUACCUCCUCCGUGCAGUGAGAGCAUCCAGCAUCUUCCCCAUCCUCAGCGUGGGUCUGCUCUUCUUUGGGGGCCUGUGCGUGGCGGCCAGCGAGUUCUACAAGAGCAAACACAACGUCAUCCUCAGCGCAGGCAUCUUCUUUGUCUCUGCAGGUCUCAGUAACAUCAUUGGGAUCAUAGUCUACAUCUCGGCCAACGCGGGGGACCCGGGGCAGAGCGACUCCAAGAAGAGCUACUCCUACGGCUGGUCCUUCUACUUCGGGGCGCUGUCCUUCAUCAUCGCCGAGGUGGUGGGGGUGGUGGCCGUGCACAUGUACAUCGAGAAGCACCGCCAGAUCCGUGCCAGGUCGCACUCGGAGCUGCUCAAGAGGACGGCUUUCACCCGCCUGCCGCCCUACCGCUACCGCUUCCGCCGGCGCUCCAGCUCCCGCUCCACCGAGCCCCGCUCCCGAGAUUUGUCGCCCAUCAGCAAAGGCUUCGGCACCAUCCCCUCCACCGACAUCUCCAUGUUCACCCUCUCCAGGGAUCCCUCCAAGGUCACCAUGGGGACGCUGCUCAACUCGGAGCGGGACCACGGGUUUUUACAGGUCCACAACUCCAUCCCCAAAGAGUUCAAGGAGGCUUUGCACAACAACCCGGCCAACAGACGAACCACGCCGGUCUGA